AGUCCCUGCGGUGGCAUCUGGCCCCGCCGGCUCCACCGAACUCUCUCAGCCCGCCAGGUGCGGACGCCUCCGCUUUUGGAAGCUGCUGGGCCGCCGGGUCCUGAGCACCUCCGGUGGAGAGGAAGGCCGGGGGGACCUCACCCCGAGUGCCCGCAGGGGGACGCCGGGCCAUGGCGGACGUGCUGGGCGGCCGCCACCUGCUGACCCGCGACGGCGCGGCGGUGGAGGCGGAGGCGGCGCUGCAGAACAAGGUGGUGGCGCUGUACUUCGCCGCCCGCCGCUGCGCGCCCUCCCGCGACUUCACGCCGUUGCUCUGCGCCUUCUACACCGAGCUGGUGGCCGAGGGCCGGCCCCCCGCGCCCUUCGAGGUGGUCUUCGUGUCGGCCGACGGCAGCGCCCAGGAGAUGCGGGACUUCAUGCGGGAGCUGCACGGCGCCUGGCUGGCGCUGCCCUUCCACGACCCCUACCGCCACCUCCGCUUUGGCUUCCCGCCGGGGACCUGGUAG